AACGCGGGAACCAGCAUCACAACAGUUCGUGGGAAAUUCUCGAUGAGAAGGAAGCAAGCGUUGGUGCAGUUGGGUCAAGCAAUGACACAAUCAUGGCAGCAGUUCGAAGCAAGCGGUUCACCGACAUUAAGCCAGUCUCUGAGAGAAAUGAUGGCUCCGAGAAAGAUCAUCAACAUCAACAUGCCUCCAAAGGACUGACAAAAGUGUUACUAGAAAACAGAACAAGUGGUCAUUUUUCUGAUUAUGCCAAACUGAUGUUGCACAUUUCGACUCACAUUAAUGAUGAAGAAUAUUCGCAGAUGAAACUUGUCCUCUCAGCAGACGAUGUAAUCAAGACAAAGAAAUGUUGUGAAAUACGAAAUGCUGCUGACCUACUUGGACAUUUGCAUGGACAGAAAAAAAUAUCCAGAUACAACACGUCACUGUUAAGGGAGCUGAUGCAGAGGAUAGGGAGGGAAGACCUGAAAUGUGAGGUGGACAUGUAUAUUGAUGGUCAGGCAACACAUGCUACCUGUUCCUGUGUUGAUCCUCCUGUGCUGAACUGUGAAGGUGUCCAGGAAGAAGGCCAAGGAGAAACAGAGGAAGAUCUUCCUCAGUCACAGGAGAGCACAGCCACAAUGGAGAGUUUGUCUGAUGACGAAAAGUCUCUCCGCCUACAAAUAUAUAAUGCUGAUGAUGUCUGCAUGACAAGCGAAGACUGACAAGUCAAAAACCUGAUUUCCAGGAAGUGUAUAUGCGGUCUUCUUUGAGGAUAAGAUCACAACGUCUUGGCUUGACUGAUACCAUCGUGGUUCUGGCCAGGACCCUCAGGGAUAGAGCUCAUGUAGACAUGUAAUGAAUCAUCAAAGGUUGAUGAUGAGAGCAUCUUCUCAUGACGUUAUAUGUCUAUGCAAAACUGCCUUUGAUUAAGGAAUCGGUGUUAACCAAAACAAUGGUAAUCAUAAUUGCUCAGAGGCCUAUGGAACUUAGGUUUCUGGCUUCAUAAUGUCUUGCCAUAGAUUUUCAUGUAUUCCAAGUUAUUCCAUGACAAACCUUUUUAGGUUGUUGUGAUUGGUGCAUUUUUGUGUGAAUAAGAUACCCAGUAGAAAAAGGAACGUGUUUGACAUGUUUGAUGAUCCAAUAAAUAUUGCAAUACACAAUGACAGGCCUACAAAUGAAAACUAGCAGAGAGCAACCAAAUUAAAGAAUAUUACACACUUUAAUCAAACUACUCUAGAUCAUGCAGACCACAACACAGUGAGUACACCUGUAUUUCGUGAGUUGCGGUCACCAUCGAAAAUGUUGCAUGUUUUAAUGAUUACAAUGCACACUUUACAGAGAUUGUGUCUUGUUUGUACUUGGUGUGGCUAUUUAGGUGUGUACAUAUUCCAGUUUGGUUGCUUUCUGCUGGUUUCAUCCGUAGUCCUGAAUGAUUAGUGAUUUGUAACAUUGUUCCCAAUAGUAAAUUGUUUGAGGAUAUCCAGCUCAUUGUCAAAAUGACUGUGAGGCGACUUAUGGCUUGACAGAACAUUAGUUGACAGUUUUUUUAAAAGUUUCUUUGAAAGAGCUGUUUAUGCCUUUUGAAAUGAGUCAAUCUAUUCAUCAUUAUUCAUUGUUAUGUGAACGCAAUCAAACGAAAUACAUCCUUUGCUAUCCUGCAUUAUUGAUAAUUUGAGGGAAUUCUAUUAAAAGUCAAUUGUCUUUCCAAUUUUGCCUGUGUUGAUCAUAUUGAUAAUUGAAAUGUUAAAUUUGUUGCAUUCGCAUUGUGUUAACUGGUAUAAUGCUUUAACAUGUUUAAUGUUACGAAUAUCAUUCCUGACAUUUAUUCUUGUUUGCCAAACUUUGUAGCAUUUGUAUUAUGAAAUUUGCUUUUAUAACAUUAUGUUCAAUUCAUGUGCUGUAAAAAUGGCAUUUUGUAUAAUUGUAUUGUUUUCAUAAUAUGUCAACUGGCAUAUGAGUGCAUAUCAAGGUUUGCAUCCACGGUUCAUAAUAAGAGGAGGAAAUGUUGCGAGAUGCAGAUUGAACAUGUGGUACUGUAUAAUGUAUUUUGGAUAAGAUGGUUUGAAUCUGUUCAGUGCAAGGUGUGAAUGAUCCUGAUGAUUUGGGUCACGGUAAUGUAUCUCAUGAAAAGGAAUGUUCUAAAUCAACUGCUGUGUAGCUUGGCACAAUGGCAAAUUACUAAAUCCUGACAGUUUAACAUCUCAUACCAAAGCUUAUCUCACCUCCAUGUCAGAAUGUCCAAGCCGUGUGUAACAUAGUGACAAAAGUAUUGAUCAAACAGUUUUUUUACCUUUUGUGUUCAUCAGUGUUCAUGAUUAUUUACAAUUUUCAAUGCUGCGCAUAAGGUUGGAAACACCUCUAGGUUCUCGGGCAGGCCCAUAUCAGUAAACAUGAAAGAAUUCAAAGCAUCAGACUUAGGCUCAGUCACUUUUUGAUAGUCUGUCAUUGCACCUGAUCGCUCAUAUUAAUCACUGGAUUGUAUGACGCAGACUUGAUUAUUUACGGGUGGCCAUUUUGGAUCUUGAAUAUUGCUGAGUGAAACAUUCUAAGCAAAAACGAAAGUUAUUGCCCGAGAACCAGUUGUUUGUUUCCAUCUUACAUAACUUAGUCAUUAUACAACUUGCCACAAGCUACAACAGGUGCUAAGACUAAUACAAGCUACGACAGGUGCUAUAACUACAUGAUGGUCGUUGGUGGCGUUUGACUAGAUAUAAGCAAAAUGUCUGCCAUUUUUUUAUAUAUGUGCAGUGAUCCAUUCAAGGGGAAAUAUUUACUCCUGGAACGUGCAAAGAAAUGUGAACCUCGGUGAAGAAUGCAUGUAUAUUCAGAAAGUCUUUUCUUCUGCAUAAAAUGCAUGAUAUUAUUCCAGUUAUGUGAGGUGUUAUUUUGUGCCAGUUGUGGUGGUCCGUGUGGAACAUGGAUAGAGCAGUGGGACGGGAAACAUGUGGUUCUGAAUGCUGACAUGACUUUCGUUUAAUGUGCCAGCUGUGGCCAUGUUGAAGACAAUUUUUUGAAUAAAUGACAACUAAAAUAUUGAAUGUAUUAUAUGUCAAAUAGCAACAACAAAAAUCCCAUCUACUGAUUAAGGCAUGUUAUCAGUCACAACUACAUUUGUUUCACGUCUGAUGCAUUGUUGUUUUUUAAUGUAAUAUUUGAGACUGGAGACUUUCAAUGCUAUGUUGCCAUGGUUACUAUUUGCAUGGGUUAUGGUUAUGUAGUAAAAGUAGUAUCAGUGUGUAUGCGAGAUGAUUGUCCCUGUGAAACAGACAAAUAUGUGCAUAUAAUGCAUUUAGAUUAUAUCAGCAUUUUGAGGUUUACCAUGUGAGAAGAAUGUCUUCUUAGAAGUAUAAAUCUGAAUGACAUGGUACUCACUAUGUAAAUUGUUUUAUUUCUCUUCAAAACAGUUGUUCAUAUUUAAGAUUUGUGAUUAAAGUAAUGCAUGAAUGGAUGCAAUUUAUUUUUCUGUUUUUUCCAGUAUUUAAUAAAGAGGUUUGCUUAAAAGGUA